AUGGCUCAGUCAGGUGAUAAUGUGAGUUAUCAUCCAAACUUUUUUCUAAUUCUUGUUACUCUUGUUUGUUGAUUGGAUUCUGCAAAGACGCGGAUAUAAUGGUUAGUAUUAUCUUCGCUUAUUAUCUCUUGUAGGCUGCUGGGGUUGACAAUACGUUCAGGAAAAAAUGGAAUCGGGAAGAGUACCUAGAGCGAGCUCGUGAAAGGGAGAAACAGGUACUGCCAAAAUCAUUAGCUUAGUUAUUUGCUUUUUAAUGUCACUAUGAUUCCUUUAUAGUAGACAUUGACAAAUUCACCUUUUCCUCUCCUGGCUCAUUUCGUGAUUAUAUCGUGGGAUUUUAGGAAGAGGAAUCAAGAUUCUCAAGCAAAGGUACAGUCUAGCCGAUGUUUCUUUCUUUUGGACAUCAUAGGAUGUAUAUUUAUGUUUAUUUUCCCUUUUGUUCUAGAGUACACAGAGGAUUGUAGCUAGCGAGAAUAAGUAACAUUUCCUCUGUUAUUAUUGAAUCAGCCAAGGCUCCUCCUAUCCAGCGAAAGCCCUUGAAGCAUCGGGAUUAUGAAGUUGACCUAUCUUCUCGACUGGGAAAGACCCAGGUUAGCUGUAGUGCCUCAUUUUGCGAUACGAUCUAGUUAAAAAAUUUAAAACCCCGAUUUAACCUUAAUUGCUAUCUUUUUUUUCCUGCGAUUAUUUCAUUUUCUGUUGACACUUAUCUGCAUUGUUUGAUUCGUGGUAUCUUUGUCACGCAGUGUGACUCUCUUUUUUACAGAGAUUUCCUUUUUCAUGCACCAUGCUAUUGUUAUUUGCUUGCCGCUUUGGACUUAGCAUUUUGUUUUGAUAUAUGCACUUUUAAAAUUCCUAGUUUCAUAUAUGCACUUUCAUUGCAACCUAAGUAACAACUUGGAGAGAUUGUAAAUUAGCAGUUCAAUUGUCAUGGAUACAUCGUAAAUUCUUGAUGGCAAUUUUAAUGGCAUUAUUGAUGGUUAUUUAUUUUGUUAACUGUUCACUGGACUCUAUCAGGUUUUAUGGCUGAAGAAACUACUUUGUGUAGGUAAUUGAUGGUACAAUAGUCCAAGUUGGGUGGGUGCACGACGCCCCUCUGCUUACACAUCUCCCUGUGGUUUUGUGUCGUCUGUCAACUGAUACUCGAGAUAAUUUUAUUUUUCACUUUUAAAUCAAAGCUUGAUGCUAGUUUUGAUUUUGUUUGGGAUUGGUUAGUUAUCCCAGCGGAUGGAACACUUUUUCUGGCAGCUUAAUUACACAACAUUUUGUUCUUAUUAAUUUAUAUCUAAGGAAAUUUUCUUCUACAUUCGGUAUCCCGAUCUUAUCCUAUUGAUAACUGGAUCCUUGGACUCCUUUCUGUCCAGUAGCGCUAGAAGUGUUUAAUACGAUGAGAUACAUUGUUUGAGCUCAAAGCCUCAUUAAGAACUUCAUUGCACAGUAUGUACCAUUAUAAUCACGUUCUGGAUACGACUGGGAAUCCUUGUCUGAUUCACUUACGAGAGAGAGUUUUUGAGGAUCCUAUUCUUAGCCUCUGAUGUACGUUGUUGCUCUCUAUCUCUCACCCCCUCUCUAAAGGACAUUUAAAAUCCUGCAGAAUGUUUUCAUCACUCAUCUUGAGCUAUGCAAUAUUCUUAUUUUCCCUAUCAUUCCAUGUACGGUAAUUCUAUUCUAGCAGUCCUACCAGGUAGCCAUAAUACGCCAAUCAGAUACCCAAUAUAUGGAUUUAAAAUCAUUUCUAUAUUCAUGCCUCUUUUGGUUCUCUCUAAUGCCCACCCCCGUGAUCAUCCUUUUUCCCUCAUCCUUUACUUUCAGAACUGCCCCCCCCCCCCAAGUUUUAAGUUAUAGUCUGAAUGCUUACAAUCUGACCUUAAAACAAGUUUUUUUUUCCCAGUUUUAUGAUAAAAAAAUUAAUUCCAUCGAGUGUAUGUUAUAUGAUGAGAUUGGGCCGAGGAAUUGCUAAUCUAAAUCACUCGUGACCACGUUUCUUGUUGCAGGUUGUGACUCCUAUUGCUCCUUUAAGCCAACAGGUAUGUACAUUGGUUACAUGAACUUGGAUAAGUGUGUCCUGAUCUUUGGUUUUAUGAGUUCUUGCUUGCACUGUGGACAAUUGAUUUUCAUGUAAAUUUCGAAUUAAUUUCUUGCCUAUGUUUUUUCUGUUACCUUGCAUGAAUGGAGUUACAUAGUUAUCCUUUCAGUACAUUGACUUGUCAUCCUUAUCUGAAACAUGAAAUCUGCACAUUCCUGAAAAUAUUUUAUUAUUUUUCCUGGUGUAACGAAUAUAUGAUGGUUAUUAUAAUACUUUCGUGCCAAAAAGAAGAAAAAGCGUUCAUAAAUCUGUUCUAAAUCUUGUUGUCAUUUGUUCUAAAUCUAAUUUGUAAAUAUCGUGUCCAAAAGCAUGUCCUAUAUGUUGACUGAGAAAUUUUGAUCGAAACAUUAUCCAAAUAGUGGACUUGUUGUAUCCAUAAACUCACAUUUGCACUCUGCAAAAGCUGUCAUAGUUGAAAGCCACUUAACUUCAUUUGACAGUGACAACAAACAAGUUUUGUAAGGAACCUAGCGUGACAAUGAUCUGGUUUGUUAAUUGCAAUACAAUUUGGCCUUUGGGUCGUUAAAUAUCGGAAUAUCUUGGGGUUAAGCUCCGGCUGUAUUUUAGCGUUGCCUAUACUAAUAUCAGAAUAAAAGUAAUUUCUUUUGCUAUAUGUGGUCAUUGAUCUUCUGUUUCUGAGACAUAGCGUUAUUAGCGUUAUUAAUAUGUUGUGGAAGAUUAUUUGCUGCAAAUCCCAAAUUCAAAUCAGUGGUCAAUCAUAUAUCACUGAAUUGUUAGAUAUUGCCAAGAAUAUUGCCAAGAAUCUGAUUUUUUUCUUCUACUUUAUUACUCUAAGUGGUCUGCCACCUUGAUAGAUGAGGAGAGGAGAUCGUGCGUCUUUUUCUGUCUUACUAUAUUACAGAUGCUGCUUUGAUUCCCUCGCUACUUUUUAGUACAUUGUACUUAAUGACUAAUAAAAUAUCACGGUGGCGGACUACUUUCUAAAAAAACAUCAAACACAUCAAAGUAUCAAUGUUAUUAUCUUUUAGUUGGUCUGACCCCUCAAAACUGGUUGAAGUAGAAAUUCUUAGCUGGCUCGAUUUAAUCUAAACCAAUUUUUCUUCAAUCUGACCAGCUCGCAAUUGUGAUGUGUUUGCUCUACUUCUGUGAAAAGUCAAUCCUAAAAGAACUGUUUCUUCCUUUUCCUUGGCACUCUUUAUGGUUAGGCGCACACUUGUCUGUUUCAUACGCACUAUUCUUUUCUUUUUUAACAAGGCUACUAUAGUAUAGUUUCCGAAUUGUUUAGUGGUAAGAAACUUUAAGAGGAUUUGGGGAAAAAAAUCUUGGGAAUAGACUUUCUCAAAAAAUCUACAAUUAGUUCUGUUCAUGCAUCGUCAUGCUUUAUUGGAGUUUUGGGAUUACGGCUCACUCGGUUAUGUAUGUUGUGUAUUUGUUUUCAUGUAAAAGAUGAAAUUAUUGUGAUUUCUCUAAAUACAUUCUCAUCCAGCAAUAAGCAGUUCUUCACCUGGUAGACUUCUAGACAUUGGAAACGUUGCGUACGGUUCUUAUCCUUGUAGUCCAUUUUUUGUGAGUUCGAUUGUCAUGGACCUGACUUUUGCAGGCUGGCUACUACUGUCCAGUUUGUGAAUGCGUGGUAAAGGAUUCGGCUAAUUACUUAGAUCACAUCAAUGGAAAAAAACGUAUGGAUUUCUGAGAUAAUCUACUCUUUUUAUAUUUCUUUAUUUUUCUGGCCGAUUAGAACGCAUCGUAAUGGUAAACACAUAUUGUUCCUGUUGGUUUACUUUAGAUCAAAGAGCAUUGGGGAUGUCAAUGCGAGUUGAACGGGCAUCUCUUCAACAGGUGAACUUUUUUCACCAAUGCUUGUUUCUUGUAAACGAGAACCAUUGUCUAAAUUUCUCAUAGGAAUAAUGAGGUUCAUAGUUAUACUGCUGAUUAUCUUGAGAUUGUACGUAGACCGUUUUCGGAAUGGAGCCGCAUAGGCCAUGUGGAUUAUUUAGUGGACAAGCGUUCCCUCAUUUCCUCUUAAGUCAUGUGGAUUAUUUCUAAGAAGAGGACCAUCAUAUAUGCAGACUUCUAAUGUUUAGGAUAAAAAUGAUUCGCGCUAGUAGUCAAUAUGCAAAUCAUUAAGGUUCUUCUAUCUAUGUAUAGUAUUUAUUGAGCUUGUUAGACAUUUUAAUUUUCAUUGUCUUAUCCCAAUGAAAGAAGAGGGCGGUUUUUCUUUCUCCACUGCAUUGUUAAAAGAUGAGAUGGGUUUCUACUGCUCAAUCCCUCCCAAUGGGUGUUUGACUAUGUUGAGGUGAUCAGUAGUCUAGUACUCAUCGAUACUUUUUUAGUUGUGCAGUUAGAUGAAAGAUAAGUAUGCUGUGAUGUAAUGGAUUUGAAUAUUUGCCUAUGGGAUCAUGCGUGCUAUUGGGGCUCCAUGUGGUUGUAUGGAAUUUGAAUGACGCAUGCUGGAAGAAGCCAGUCUUUAAUAUUGUGUUAAACCAUAUUCCGUCUUGUACAAUGUGGCAUGGUUUUCAAGGCUCACAGGUCUUGAUCUGCCUGCUGAUCACGAGACUUAGAUCACUUGGCGAUCGGAUCACAUGAAACGAGAGUUUAACUGCUUGGAGAAAUGUCCAAUCAUUCCAAAUUGACUUAGAUGAAAACGUACAAACCCAUGUGAAUUUUGACGGGUUGCAUUAGUGUUAAUGAAGUAUUUUCCUCUUUUUCUUUCGAACUUUCGGUUUUCAUUCUUCCUGGUGUUUUAAUUGAGGAAUAAGAUUAUUCCAUUUUCCUUUGCUUGAUCCGCUGAGACGGAAAGUUCAGUUCUGACUUCCAUUUUCAUUGUGUAGAUUUUUCUUGAAAAAUGGUUCGAUUGUAUCGUUUUUGGCUUUUUUGUUCAUUGUUACUCGCUUUAGUUUUUGAAAGUUUUCCUAUUCCCGAGCUUUUUUGUUCAUCUCUUAAAAGGUAUAAAUAUUUAAAAUGCGAUUUAUUUUUGACAGGUCCAGGAGAGAUUUGAAGUCCUUAAAAAGCGGAAAGUUACUAGCAGUUUUUCUGAGCAAGGUAAUUGAUGGGAGUGGCCUUGUUAACGUCUGUUUGGUCAAGUAUUUCAUCGAAGGAGAUUCUAAUUUUACAUAGUUUUAGAAUCAGUUCACUUCUAAUGCUUGUAAACAGAGGCCUAAACUGAGUGGGUUGCUUCUUUUCUCCUGUGGAAACAGAUUUAGAUGAGAGAAUAUUAAAGCAGCAAAAUGAGGAGGAGGAACGGAGGAGACAGCGUCGAGAAAGGAAGAAGGAGAAAAAGGUUAGUGGAUUUGAUGAUUUCCUGGUUUUAUUUGGCCUUGGCUCUUACAACCGACAGUUAAAAGUGUUUAUAAUUUUUUCUGAUUUUAUGGAACCAAAAUAGUCCUCGUCAUGGACUCGAUGUCUCCUAUCUUUUGGUUAUCUCGUGCAUUGUGCUGGUAACGUGGAGAACUUCGUCUCUGCGCUGCCCUGCUUUCCCAUAUAUCUUUGGGUUCUACGGCAUUGAAGGUGACGAGGGACUCAUGGAAUAUCAUUAUUUCUACCUUCCAUGCUCAGAUUAUGGGCCGCGUGUGUGUUGGUUGAGUUUUAAUCUGUCAAUGACGUCUGCGGUAUUUAUUGCCUGUCCUAGUAUAGCGUAUUUUCAGAUUUAAGUGAAUUAUCCUGGAAGACCAGGAUGAUCUUUCUUCUUUUCCCCUCUGCGUUGGUCAGAAAAAGUGUUGCUUUUGACAUAUUGCGGCUUCAUUGCCUCGCGAAUAUCAAUUCUCUCUCAAGCAUGCAUAUAAGUUCCUCCUUCCCUUCACUUUUGAUAUGUUUUCCAUCCGAGUGUUCUGACGGGCGAGGCCAUGGAUUCAGAAAGAAAAGGCCGUCGAAGAUGAUGCGGAGGAUGCUGAUGCUGACAUUGCUGCCAUGAUGGGAUUUGGAGGUUUUCGGUCGUCCAAGAAGUGA